AUGCAAAAAAACUUUUGUUCAUUAUCAGUAUUAUUUUAUUUGAUUAACUUUAUUAAACCGGCUUUAUCGCAAUGUACUUGUGAUGACCCUCUUAAACCUUUCGCUAAUACGGUAACAGUUACGUCAUCAAAUGGAGUUAUUAUAAGACAACAACCAUGUACCGGUAGUUCAAGAAUAGGCUCAUUGUCAAACGUUGAUAGAUUUACACCUAUAACUGAUUGUUUGGGUGAAUGUGUAGAAAUAGUUAAUACUUGGCUCAAGGUUCAAAAUCCUUCUGGCUUUAUUUGGGCUGGAGCAACCGAUUAUCCG